AUGCGCGAUACACCACACGGCGGCCGUCGCUCUGCGCGCAUUGGCGCUUCUGGUCAUCAGGCUCAACCAAAUCCGUCCGUUGUCCGACCAGAGCAAAACGGUAAGGGUUCACCGAGACUUGAGGGGGCGCAGCGCAUCGUCAAGUUCUCACUUCCUGGACUCGGACCCCUCCGCACCAUCUCAGGAGUAGGUGGCAUUGCUAAUGGCACUGCCGAGCUUCCUGGACUCGAGGCCGCCAAAAUUAAGCCGAAGCCCAUUCGCAAGCCACUGGGCAUCAGCAAGCGGUACUGGUUUCGCAAGAAGUCCAUCCGACCAUCCGUCCCAUCGUCCCGCAAGAUGCUGGACUCGUGCAAACUGACGGAGUUUGUUCGAGUCGGUUCGAUUGACUUCUUCAAGUUGCCUGCGGAAUUGCGCGACCACGUCUACGACCACAUCGCUCAGCCCAUAAGCGUUGCAAAUGCGCAAGAGUAUGGCCACGGUCUUGCGUCUCCCACCAACAUCAUCAAGCGAGUCUACGAUGUGACACUACUUGGAUGCAAGAAGUGGUCGAGGAAGCCGCCAUAUGCCCCGACGGAUUACUUCCUCGAGACUCCUUUGCCGAUCCAGCUCGUCUCGAGAGCUUUUGCCUCAGAAUACUACGCCACCGUUCUUCGCAACGCAUUCAGUGCUCCGUCGAUCAUUCGUACCAUAGUCGCCGAUUUCAAUUUCGACUUCAUUGUCGCAUUUUUCACGAGCCUGGAGCCGUCGCAAGUCAAGAAGAUCAACGACAAGCAAGUCACCGUCCUCAUAAGCUUCAAGACCGAAGGCCUGGCUUUGCUUGACUUUCAAAACCUGAACCUCAGCGCUUUCAACAACAUUCUGCUUGAGAAUUUCUGCCCUCAAAUCAAUGGCGAAGACAAGUUUGCGCAAGCAGACGAGGACGAAGUCCCACUUGCGAACGAGGAAGCUGUGGACAGCACAAGUCAAGGCCCAACUCCCAACAUCCGCUUCGAGUACAUCCGCAGCCCAGGAAUGUCGCCUCCAGAAGACGUGGACAUUAUCAAGAACUGGUGGCAACAGCACCCAACCGAUAUGUGCUUCCUCGGUCCUUUCUUUGCGCAGUGGGAGAAAGACAACCCCCACGACGAGUAUUGA